AUGAAAGAACUCACACUGGAGAGUGACCCUAUAAAUCACCAAAGAAUUCACGCUGGUAAGAAGCCUUAUAAGUGUCUGGAAUGUGAAAAGGCUUUUAGCCAGAGCACCCGUCUUACUCUGAAUCAGAGAAUUCAUACUGGAGAGAAGCCUUAUGAAUGCAGUGAAUGUGGUAAAACCUUCAGUCAGAGUGCACAUCAUACCCAACAUCAGAGAAUUCAUACAGGAGAAAAGCCCUAUGAAUGUAAUGACUGUGGGAAAGCUUGCAGUGACCACUCAGCUCUUAUUCGACAUCAUAUCACCCACGCUGGGGAGAAACCUUAUGAAUGUAAUGACUGUGGGAAAGCUUUCAGUUACUGCUCAAACCUCAUUCAGCAUCGGAGAAUGCAUACCGGAGAGAAACCAUACAAAUGUGGUGAAUGCGAGAAAGCCUUUAGUGAUCGUUCAGCCCUUAUUCAGCAUCAGAGAACUCACACUGGAGAGAAGCCCUAUGAGUGUAGUGAAUGUGGAAAAGGCUUUGGAAACUACUCAGCUUGUAUUCGACAUCGGAAAACUCAUACUGGAGAGAAGCCCUAUGAGUCCGUGCGGCUGAGCGAGCUCCCCGACGCGCGGCAUCCUCGAGUUGACCUUGGUAAAGAGAAGAGGUCCACGGUGGUGCAGACGGGCCCUAGCACCGAGCGUCCUCACAGACGCAGCGACAAACGGGGGCUGGUGUUCGGGGACGUCCUAACGAGUUCUGCUCUCUCAUAA